AUGCCUGCGGUAUCUAGUCACGGAUUCGUGCGCACGCUUGAAGCGCGAGAAUGGAGGGAUACAGUUGGUCAGUCUGGCAUGACACCGACGGCUUUUAGUUUUCUGAUUCCCGUCUUCGUUGUCGCUAUUGUGGCGCCGUUUUUGUGUAUAUUCUGUAUCCGGAAAAGACGGCAAGCCGUCCCUGUUCCAGCGCGCCCACCACCUAAGACGAAGAAGCCGGCACUUAGACGUGCGGAAGCAAGAGAGAAAUUGACCGAAGUCACCGAAGUAGUGAGCCUUUCCGGAACCACAUCUCGACAAAGCCAUGAUGGCGCAGAGAACGACGAGGGGAGAUUGGAAGUGGUAGAGUCGCGCUCGGUUUUAGAACGAGAAUGCGCAAUAUGUCUUUCCACUCUUCACGCUCCCGCCCCACCCGAACCCGCCAAACUUUUCCCAGAGACCCCAAUAACCGAUGAUGCCGCUCUGCCCGCCUCCCUUCCACAAUCCGACUCCCUUGACCCAUCAGCCACAACCACCAAUACACCCGGAAAUGAAACCAUCCUCAAGCUCUCCGUCUGCGGUCACGAAUUCCAUGCAGAUUGUUUAGUCUCUUGGUUCGUUUUGCGCAAAACAAGCUGUCCGAUAUGCCGAUCCACGUAUAUGAGCAAGGAAGCCAUGGAGCAGCAUGAUGAGGAAGAAAGGAUAGCUUUAGGUGGAGAUGUGACGCCCGCGGUGUUGGAAGCCGGAACUGCGGACCAUUCCCAGGCAGUGCCAGUAAGCAACUGGCGUUACUUCCUGCAUGGAAGUGGCAUAAGGAGACACCAAGAGACACAGGCACAGGCACAAACUCAGCCUGCAGUGGAGCUACAGAACCGCACUCCACAGACGGUAGAGCAGCAUGGGGCUGAUGCUGCAGUAGCAGCAGAGGCGGCAGUGCAGCAGCCAGAGCAGCCUUCUAGGCCAAGAUGGCGGAGGUUGUUGAGAAUGUGA